AAUUUUAAAUGACCAAAUUUUGCUGAUUUGCGUUACAAAAAUGUAAAGUACGUUACCGAAUAUUUCUGCGUUUAAUGUAAAACAUACGGUUUAACGUUACUAGCAAACAAGUGAAACCCCUAUAUAUAUACCAAACAUAGCCAAUCUACAUUUCAUAAGUCACAACAAUAUUAUAUAUAUCAAAUAUAGCCAAUCUACAUUUCAUAAGUCAGAACAAUAUUACUAAACCCUUACAGAGUUAAAACUUAAAAGAUAGAAAUGGCAUAUUCAAGAUUUGUUUUCUUUGCUUUCAUUGCUCUUUCCGUUUUGCUUGCAGGUGUUGAAUCCACAGAAAUGGCGAGUGACGAUUCAGUUUGGUCUUCCAACAAAGGAGGUUCAUUGUGUUGCAACGAUCACCCAAAGUUUGGAGUAUGUACUAAAGAUAGCAGCUGCAACAGUUGGUGCCUUAAAGGCUGUGACAACGGGAAAGGUGGCUUUUGCAAGGAAAAACUUUGUCAUUGCGACUGCUAACUGUAGAACAAUAUAUUCUACUUGUACGCUCUUUCAAAAUAUUAUUGGUUAGGUUGAUAAUUCAAACAAUGUUUACCACAGCUCGACCAACUUAGUUAUUAUAUUACACAUAAUAAGAAUCAGUUAAUAAGUUUUUUUUAAUACUAAUUGGUGGAUUUUAGAACUUCAUUAUUAGUCUCUACAAAUGUAGUUUUACAUUACUAUAUCAACAUAUUUAAAUAUUUUUUUAGCAAAAAAAAAAAAACAUAUUUAAAUAUUUUAGCUGUAUAAAUUUAAAUUUAAAAACUAAAACGAUGUGAUACGUAUGUGAGCAAGAGAAUCUAAUCGGAAGAAAGUAAGGGAAAUGAUGAAAUAAAUAUAUAUAAUUAUAUAAUUAUAUAUCUUCUAGGUGUAUAUAUCAUAAACUUUCAGUCUUUGGAGUACGUAUUUUAGAAAGAAUCUUUAGGAUGUAUGCGUGACAAGCAAUCAAUAAAACACCAUGAACGUAAACAUUCAAAGUUUUUCUAGUUAAUGUGUGCUAAUAACAAAAUGUCAAAUAGGUUAUAAGUUCCUCUAAAUGUUACAUUUCCAGUUUUUCUAGUUCUUGUUCCUUAAUGAGAAAAUGUAAUUUUACCAAGUUUUGCUGAUGUGUUUGUAGAAAUGUAAUGUAAAGUUAGUGUCGACAAUACAUGUAAAUAAGUAUAAUUCGUACACGAGAAAAAGAACAAAUUAAAGCUUAUAAGGAUUAUAGAUCGCUGGUGGGGAUGUAAGAAGAUGGCCGCGUAUAGUUUGUCAGCAGCCAUUGGUGUUGCCUGUUGGGCGUCGCCAUCUUGAGUCUUGGUUCGUACUUGUAUGGCCUUAUGUACUUAACAAGUGCAACUGUUGUGCCGAUUCCGAGAAUCCCCUUCUAAUGCGUAAAUAUAAUCUUAGCCACCACUUCAAUAUGUUUUUGUUCUUUUUAAUCUGAAUUAUCUAUAGAAUAGCAGACGAUAUUUUUUGCUUCAUGAUGUUGUUACGUAUUGACUUAAUAACAUACGAAUCUACAAAAUAAAAGCUCGGUUUGGUUGAUACCCCAGCACUACAUGGGCUUACUUGAGUUUCUUGUGGUGGUGUGCGAGGCAAUUGGGUGCAGAUUGGGUUCAGAUUAUGGAUUACAGAGGUUGCGGCCGGUUUUCUUCGGAUCGGCACCAUGUACAAGGUCGCAUCCAGGCAAAAUAAAAGCUUGGUUUGGUUGUUGAAGCUGUGUUAGGUCGCUGCUGUUUGUUUUGUGGGCAGGUGAUUUGACGCUAUCGGCGAGCUGUUCUCAGUUUGUCUAUUAUCUUUAAGAGAGGAUUCAUCGGAGAGGCCAAAAUUACCGGGUUUCACUUUUGGUUGAACUUGGUUCAUCUUUUUUCGGUAAGUUGUUGGUGCGGAUUAGUCGACCUUUGGAAUUGCGGUUGUGGUAGUGUGUUUGUCCGGCUUUUACUUCUAAAUUGAGUCGUUGUUUAGAUUUUUUUCUUAUUUUUUGCUUUGUGUUAUUUUCUGUAAUUAUGUCGAAAACAAAAGUAUUGGUAAAAUAUCUUUACAUUUUACAAAAAAAAAAAAAACAUACGAAUCUACAAUUUUGUCAUAUGUCGUGUCAGACUUUCAGUGUUACAUUACAUGAUACCGUAUACCUAUUAUAUAUGUGCUACCAUCAUGCCAACUUUAGAGAGAUCCCAAAACGAACACUGUAUUCCAUCAUUAUUAAUUUGUUCAUUAACAUGCUUAGAACAUGAAAUAAUUUACACCAAAAGUAUGCUAUUUAACAAUGACUAAAGCUCACAAGAACUACAAUCAUAUAUAGACAUAAAAAAGACAAGAAAACAUGACAGCAUCCAAAACUCAAGAGAUGUCCUGAUGACAUGACAAUAAAUAUGCUAGUUCCUUCUCUAAAAUCUCGUACAGGUGCAUUAUUUGAUAGGUAUAUAUAUAAUAUAUUCAGCGAUCAAACUAUAUACAGUCCUUUUCGCCCAAUUUAUCUGAAUGCUGAAGCCACACUUUUCACAAUCAUACGGAUACACGUAAAGAUCGAGUGAUGUGUGGAUUCUGCGGUUCAUCAUUCAUAAUGUCGUGGUAAAACCGAGUGACGAUUUUAACAGCAUGUUUAUUUGCCAGUGUGGUUUUCUAGAUUAUGAUGUUUUCGGCUUUAUCUAAAGUUUGUAUGAGUGCGAAUUAAAGGGAGGCUCAUUCGCAUUUUAUGGAUUCACGACAUGUAUUAUGUACAGUACCGUCUAAUAGCGUGAGCAACUUAGAGUGGUCGAGCCCGAGUAAAAAAAUAAAAUAAAAACUAAGAUUUUUUAUAAAUAAAUUUAUAUUUUAUGUUUUAAACUUUUAAAAAAUUAGAUAGUAUUAAAUAUAGAGCUUAUAAUUUCAAACGAGACUUUUAAGAUAUAUAAAUAGAGCAUAACACUACAAAAAAAAGGGGUUAUUGUUACAAUUUUUUGAGACUAAUUUUUUCAGUCACAUAUUUGUGACAUAAUAGAAACUAUUUUGUUACUUAUAUUUUACGUUACAAAAAAGUAGCUUCUUCGUCACAAUAUCGUGACUAGUUUUUAUGUAACAAAAUUUUGUCAUAAUUGGUGACAUAUAUAAGACGAAAAUAAAUGUAACAAUUGUCGUGACAAAAUUGUGACUACUUUCACUGUUACCAAUAUGACGAAUAUAUGACUGAAUCUUGUGUCGCCGUUUAUGACGAUAGAAAGACUAAAUGUUUGUCACGAAUUCCUACAAAACAAUGACAAAAAAAAUUGUUGUAAGUUGUGACUUUAAAAUAUAGCAAUUACGUUACAAUAGCUGGUUUCGCUACACUAUGCAAGUGGCUCGUUUGGUGGCAUGGUCUCUUAUCGUUCAAGAUGUCGAAGAUAAAGAAACACUUGUCUACCAUUGAGCUUUGAGUCAGGUCUGUGUUAUUACACACUUUUCACUUCUCCCACGGUAUUUUGUUUCAGGUUACAUGAAGGUCACUCGCAACAAUUGACUGGUGCUUUUUUUAUCAGUGCAUAAGCGGAUGAAAAUUAAGUUUUCUUAGUGACAAUAUCAAUUAGUUAAGUUUAGGAAUCAUUAAACGUGAUAUGCACAUAUGAAUAAAGCAAGCAAUUAAUAUGGUAUCCGAGCAGAGUAGGGUAUAUCCCAAUUUUUUUCUCAGCAGUCUUGUUUCUCUCUUCUUCUUCGCUAUUACUCUGCAACGUCAUACUCUGUUUCUCUACAACUUUUUUUUUCUCGGAUUCUUAAUCUUCAUUAUGUUAAGACUCAACAGCAGAGAGAACACACAAGAUCCUCAUAGCACUCUCCUUUGUAUCAACACGUUAAGUGUUAUUAAGCUGAUCACAAAUCUCAAUUAUUUGAAGUGGAGCAAGCAGGUUUGGGCUUUCCUUGAGGCUCAUGAACUCUCCAACAUUUCAUUGAAUUCACAGACGUUGCUCCUGCAAAAACGUUUACAUGUUCACUAGUCUGAUAAAAUAAUAACGUAGAAAACGCAAAACACUAAACCGUCUGAAACACAACAAACCGUUUCUUUCGUUUUCUGCACAGCUCACUCCAUCAAGAGUCUGCUCCCUAACAAACCAGAAGAUUGAAAAGGAUGAGGCUCUUGGUCCAAUCCGACAAGAGGAAGAGCAAGCGAUGAAGAACGAGAACUCGUGAACACGCUGGCCGGUGGUUUUUGACUCCCUACACCGGCCAGCGUCGCUGCGUCGGAGAGAUUGAUGCUUUCCUAUCGACAAAGAGGCAGCACACUUCCACCCCAUCUUCCUGCGAGAGCCUGAAGAACCGGAGCAGGAGCUCCAAACGAACAGGGCGACACGACUGACUACUGAAACAACACCGUACAAAGGAGAACGGACUGAGCAUGUCCUCGAAGCUCAAAGUCUCCGGUAAACAGCGAACGAGGACACCUUUAGCAAACCUUCACGUGGACAUAUAAGCGACGAUUUGCUCCUGCUUGGCAACCUUCGUUAUGUUUAUUUUUUUUUUGUAACAGGAAUUAAUUUCCUUAUUAAAAAGAAACAUUUGUUGGAGAAAAGGAAUUUCCCAAUAAGUACAAAACUAAAACUAAAACUAAAACUAAAGCUAAAAGGAAUAAGUAUAUUUUAGAUAUGUAUCUAUCCAUAUAUUAUAUAACGAA